ACGUGAGCGAGGCGCGAUUUCAAACGCGCAGCCGGCAACGGGGGGCUGCUUCACGCUCAGCGGCUCCGCAGCGAGGCUAUGGACGAGGGAAGGGAAAUGGCAUUGCAUCGCUCCGAGCGUGUGGUGGAAGAGAAACGCAGUGCUUGCAUGGAUGUUUCAGACUUUCCUCUUCUGGCUGAUGAGAAGUUUGAUUUUGACCUUUCGCUCUCUCCAGCAAGCGGAAGUGAAGAUGAAGUCUUUAUUGGAUCUCUGGGACACAAAGAAAAAUGUAUCGCUGUCCAUAUCGAAGCAAAAAGAAGUGCUGAAAAAAAGAGGGUGCCCAUUUCUGAUGAGAAACUCACGUGGAGCCCUCUUACAGGAGAUAAAUUUGUGGAAAUCUUCAAGGAAGCUCAUUUGUUAGCGCUGCGGAUAGAAAGUGGGAAUAAGGGUGAAGAGAAUAAAAUAAGCCAGUCAGAAGAAAAUGGAGAUGAGACUUCUGAACAAUUUGUGGAGGAUAUUAAGUCAAAAAUGAAAAUACUGAAAAGCCAUCAUAUAGAGAAAAGUCCUCGGGCUGUUAAGAGGGAGACGUUCUGUGUGGGAGAUAGCCCUGCCUGUAUGCUGCUGCCUUCUUUUCAGAAGGAAUCAGAUAAGCUUCUACCAGGUGACAAGACACACAUUCUUCAUAUUCCUGCAGACAGAAGCCCUGUUAAAAUUCAGGCAACUCCUACAGAAAUCAUCAGUUCGCCUCUGACACAGGAACAGAAAACUAAGGAAAAAGCCAAGAAAGCAACUGGCAAACUGCUAAUGCCAAAGCUUUCAUCUACUCUUGGGAAAAGCAGUAUGUUGACAGUAGGAAAGGCCAAGCCAGGAAGACAGACUAAUAUUUCUACAAAAAGAGAUUCGACCAGCGUGGAGUCAUCUGAAGAACUAAUUUCAGAUAAAUCAAGUGCUGCUUCAGAUGUCUUUGAGUCUUCAUUCAGUGGCAGUUCUUCAGUGCAGGACAAAAAAGUCCUUCCUGCACCAAAUAAGCCUGGCUUAAAGAAAACACAUCUGAAACUUCCUGGUGUUGCCAGUGGUCUCGCAAGGAGAAAUACUUCAUCUUCAUCAUCAGUUUCCAGUGUGAGCUCAAAUCUGAACUCAAGUUUACCCAUUUCUCCCAUAGGAAAAAAUGGGAAAUGGAAUGCAACUUCAAAAGCUGGUGUGAGUGGCUCUAAACCUUCAUCUAGUACAAACAGACUAUCUCUGGCCAGACCAACCAGAGUGUCAUCUCUGCAGGCUGCCAAUACUGAAAGAUCCAGCAAGCAAGUGAGAUCAGCUAGUACUCCCAAAAUAUCCAGUGCUGCAAGCUUGGCUAAAUCUUCAGCUUCUGUACUAACAGUGCCAUCUGAGCCUGAAGGCAGUGGAAUUCAGAAGCUGAGGUCUCUCCCCAGUCUGCAGAAGCAAUGUCAACAAAAUAAAGAUGGAAGUACAACUAAAGGAAGUCUGUGCCCGAAGCCCAGGGCUAGACUUCUGUCAGUUCCUGCAGGUCAAACUCAGGUUCCAGUGAAAGCUGGAGAUAUAACGCCAAACAAGUCAGCAACAAAAGCAACACCGUCUCUUGGAUUGACAUUUUGUGGCAAAGUUGGAAGUGCCAUGGCAGUCAGCACGCCCCUGAAAGCUUCAGAAGAUGGGAUAUUUCAGAUUCCUUGUGAGAGGCCUGUCUCCAUGACUCCUGCCAGCUUGAAACGGUCUGCCUUACCUACACCUGUCCGUCGUAUCUCAGGAUUUCCAGCAGCAACUCCUAAAACCACACCAAGAACAGUAUUUUCUCCACGCAUUGAAUCUGUUCGCCGAAGUUCCAGCUUUUCUACCAGAAAGACACUCACAGCUGGUUCUAAGCAGGUAAAAGAGACACGGUCAUCAUCUUCAGAAGAUGACCCAUCUCCUCCCCCUGUGCUGCCUCUUAUGCUCGACUUCUCACCAGAAAAAGCUGUGAUAGAAACAGUAGAAGACAAAUUAAAAGAGGCUGAAGUACAAAAUCAGCUGACUGAAGAGAGACAAACAAAGGAGAUAUUACUGGUAGAUAUUGGAGCAGAUAACUCUCUCCCACAAACUGUGGAAUGUGGAAGCAGACCUCUGAUUGACCUUUCCAAUACUCCUGAAGUGAAUAAGGUUAUUCCUCUGAAGCCUGUGUUCUCAGAACAGAUAAAGCAGCUUGAAGGUGGACCCCUCCAGAUGCUUUCAGAUGAGUGGUGUUAAUUGAUUUGAGCUCCCCUCUUAUCACUCUGAGUCCUGAUAUCAACAAAGAAAACUUGGAUUCCCCUCUGCUGAAGUUCUGAACUUGACUGGGAAGAACUCUGCAAGUGUUCAGAUCCUCCUCUUCCCUCACACAGCUGUAUGAAGAUGGAUAUAGAAUACAUGAUGAAUUCUGUUGCUGCUGUGUUUCUCACGGUCCUGAUCCAGUCAAAUUAUGGGGUUCUUCUCACAGAUAAAACACGACAACGUAUUUAAACCUUGUUGGUCUUAGCCAGAAAGGAAUAAUCUCUGUAUUGGAAGCCUUUUUGUUUUUUAGUUUCUAACAACUGCCCUUUUCCUCCCCAUCCUGUGUGUGCAAUGAAGAUAUAAUUUAAAAUAAAUGGGUUGUUUAACGAA